UGCAGUUUGUUGAUGAUCCCUAACUAGUUACGUUGACUGUGCAUCAGGCUGCCUUUAAGUUACCAUCUAAUUAUGAAACGGGUUGGAAUCGGAAAAAUAAGAACUGUGCAACGUUGUACACUUUUUUACCGCCAUAGCGAACCUAAUUUGAGCUUUCUUCAGAGAGACCGCCCCUCCAUAACCAUGACAAAGAAGAAUUUGAUGAAGAUAUUUCUGGGUUUGACUCUGUUCACCAUGGGAUAUAUGCUUUUUAUUACUCAGGAAUGGUCUGUAGAGCAAUUGUUUAGGAGGAAAGACUGGGCAAUGGACACCUGCUUUCCAAAUUUGAGCACUGACCCCUUCAUCCCGAUCCAAGGUUCCAAAACAUUUGUGCUGAAUGCUUUCUUCGAGCACCGCACCCAUAACAUGAGCCUUCGUCUCAUCUCCAUCGUGUGGCGACCAGAAAAGACCAUCCAUCACUGCUUACUAUGCUGCCAAGACCGUCUGUUCACCUCUUUGGCCAAGCGGACUAUCCACAAUUCCCACUUCGGGUUCCCUUACGGCACGGGGGACUUCCUGUGUGACAUCCCGGAGGACUGUGAGCCCACACACGCUGGCUUGGUGUCUGAGGACUUUGAUCCUGAGCACGUCACCUUUGUCCCAAUCUUGAACAGGGUACCAAGGGAGUCCAGCUUUCCUGCCAACUUCACUGUGUGCCUCUCUACCAUGUUCGGGGGUUACAACAACGUGCUGCAGUUUGUGCAGGCCAUGGAGAUGUAUCGCCUGCUGGGGGCCCAGAGGGUGGUGGUCUAUAAGACCAACUGCAGCCGUGACAUGGAGGAGGUACUGCAUUACUAUGAAGACGAAGUUGGUCUGGUGGAAGUAGUUCCCUGGCCAAUUGACACCCACAUCAAGGUGUCCUCCGGCUGGAUUGCAAGCAAGUCGCCCGGUGACCUGCACUACUAUGGCCAGAUCCCUGCGCUCAACGACUGUCUGUACAGGAACAUGUACCAGACCAAGUAUCUCCUCCUCCAUGACCCUGAUGAGAUCAUCCUCCCCGUGGACAACAACACCUGGGGGGAGCUCCUGAGCACUCUGGAGAUCAAAUACGGCAACAAGGCCAACUUCUACUUCGAAAACAAUGUUUUCCCAAUCGAGGAGACUGACGAAAGCAGCAGAUUCAACUUGUCAGAGUGGGCCACCAUCCCUGGCGUUAACUUCCUUCUGCAUGUCCUGCGAGAACCCAUUCUCAAAUCCCACUACAAAACGGGGAAGCUGAUCAUCAACCCCAGGACUGUGUUUGAGAUCUCAGUGCAUGGCGUGAAGAGGCAGAACAGCCGGACAGUAGAGGUGUCUUCCCAUCUCAGCAGCCUAUAUCAUAUCCGCCGGCGGAAGAACGCCAAGCUGAAGAGCAGAGACUUAGUCAGGGAUGAGGGACUGUUGAGGUUCGCCCCACAAAUGAUCAGAAAGGUAGCACACUCCCUCAGAAAAAUGAACCUGCCCUCCCAGAAACCGUAAACGCUCUAGUCUAGUGUCUCUACAUCUAAUCAUUGUUUCUCUGCAGUUCUUCAUUUAGGUGUUUAAAAGCUGAAUAGCCCAAACCUCACUGUGCAACGUGACUGGCAGCAAUUAGACUUUUCUUAAGAUAUCCCAUUCACCAUAGACCAAUGUACCGUCAUUGGGUGUGCCUCUUAUCAGGCAAGAAAUAUAAUGCUGUUGUGAGAAGAGGAAAAUUGUCUAAUCUAGUCAUGAAUCUGUACAAUAGAGAUUUACAGACGCCACAUUCGUCAGAGGUGCUGAAUUAUUGGAUGUUGUUGAAUGGAAAAUGUUCAGACACCUGCUGUGACUUACCUUACUCAACAUUUUUGAUGUGAUGUUUAGUCUAACUUGAUGAUAAACUCGUAUGUACUGCACAUUUUUUUUAUCCUAGGAAGUAAAUAAAUCUUGCAUUAAGGCAAUAAAUCAAAU